AGGUAAGGCCACCACGCCCUUUGUGGUCACACCUGUGAUGGUGGCUAGCAGCAUCUCUCUGUCUACCCGCUCGGCCGCACCCACUUCCAUGCAGGAGGCUAUAAAAUCUACCCUCCAGGCUGCGUCGGCACCAGCUCCUCCGCACCACUCCUGGGGUUUGACAACUUUCAUUGACCACUGCACAGAGUCAGCACAGACGUCACCAUGGCCACCACAUACUUCUCUGGAUUAUCCGCUUUGUCCCUGUCCUCAGUUCCGACAAUGACAGUCUCCAGGCGGGGUACGAGCGUCUAUGGCGGCGCAGGUGGUAGAAACGUCCGAGUGUCCUACGCCUCCAGCGGGCUUGGCUCCAGCCUUGACCUGGCAGCGGCGCUCGGAAGCAACAGCGGUUUCGCCGGUUCAAGUAGCGAGAAAGUGACCAUGCAGAACCUCAACGACCGCCUGGCCGUCUACCUGGAGAAGGUGCGCGUUCUGGAGUCCACCAAUGCGCAGCUGGAGCGUCAGAUCCGCGAGUGGUACGAGAAGCAGACCCCCACCCUCAAGGACUACAGCAAGUAUCACGUAAUCAUCGACGACCUACGCAAAAAGAUAAGUGCUGCCACACAGGACAAUGCCAGGCUGAUGCUGCAGAUUGACAACGCCAGACUGGCAACAGAGGACUUCAGAGUCAAGUUUGAGAAUGAGCUAGCAGUGCGCAUGUCGGUGGAGGCGGACAUCAGCGGACUGCGCAAGGUUCUGGAUGACCUGACCAUGACCCGGUCUGACCUGGAGAUGCAGUUGGAGGGCUUGAAGGAGGAGUUGAUCUACCUGAAGAAGAACCAUGCAGAGGAGCUCGCAGCCUUGCGCAGCCAAAUUACUGCCAACUCUGUGAAUGUGGAGGUGGAGGCCAGGCCCCAGGAGGACCUGAGCAGGGUCAUGGAGGAGAUCAGAAACCAGUAUGAGGGCAUCGUUGACAAGAACCGCCGUGAUAUGGAGGCCUGGUACAAGGUCAAGUUUGACGACCUGAACAAGCAGGUGGCAACCAGCACAGAGACCCUCCAGACCUCUCGCAGUGAGAUCAACGAGCUCAAGAGGAGCCUGCAGGCCCUGCAGAUUGAGCUGCAGUCCCAGCUCAGCCUGAAAUCUGCCAUAGAGGGCACACUGGUAGAGACGGAGUCCCGCUACAGCCUGCACCUUAACCAACUCCAGGUCAUGGUCAACGCCCUGGAGAACGAGCUCGGCCAGAUGAGGAUGGACAUCGAGAGGCAGGCCGGGGACUACAAGGUGCUUCUCGACAUCAAGACCAGGCUGGAGAUGGAGAUUGCUGAGUACAGAAGGCUGCUGGAUGGAGAAGAUCUAAAGAAAGCUGUUGUCAUAAAUGAGGUCAAAGAAGUCAAACAUAAACCAGUCAUAACCCAGAGGAGGAAGGUGGUGAUUGAGGAGAUUGUUGAUGGAAAAGUGGUGUCCCGCACAGAAGAUGUGGACACAGAGGUCAUCAGCAAGUAGACAGACAGGAUCCCAACCGAUCUGGAUCAGAUAAUAAACCAAAAAAGAAAUUAAGAGGUCUUCCUGUAUUCUGAAGUCUACUAAAAUGAUCCAGGGAAAAAGUUUAUUAUUUCACUCAGGUCUGAAAUCCAUCCCCAAAUCCACCAUAUUAUAUUUCUGUAUUUCUGAAUCCUCGUCAGAAAAUAUUUAUUCUGAUUGUCAGAAAAAGUACGAAAACUGAUAAAAUGGUUUUAAAAUGUAUAAGAAGAAUGUGUAAGUGGUAGAGAUAGAAGCAGAAUUUAUAUAUAUAUAUAUAUAUAUAUUAGUACCUAAAUAAAAUUAAGCCACCAAGUUUAUCCAAAAUCCACUGAAAAUGAUUAUACCCUCCAGCCUGUCUCCUGAAAUACCAGAAAUAUACAUCAGGUGGCGCUAUGAGCCUCAGGAAGGAAAUGCAGCAAUGAGACCUUUCAUUCUCUGUGCACUCUAAUGAAUUGAUACAUGGAGUGAUAAAAGAAAGAUGAUAGUCCCCUAUCUAAUUUGUAUUUUUUGGGGGUGGGUGGGGGGCGGGAGCGAGUCAUUGCCAGUGAAAGCAUGAAAGGUCAUUGCAAAUAUUUGUGUAUUAUAUGAUACUAAUCUUUUUCUCAUGUCAACACUGUUAAGGAUCGUACAUGUAGCAUGUUUAUAUGGAAAUAUAAACCUUUUUGUGUCUGGUUGUGAAAGGGCUCUUUGCAUCUUUGGUUUUUCAGUUUUCUGAAGAGAAUAAACAUCUGCCUUCCACUUGUUUAACUUCUGUUCAUUGAAAGUUAGUCUCUCUUAACUAUUACUACCACUAACUCCUGUGUAGUGUAGAGAACUUUACAUUCUCCCCCUGUACAUGCAAUGUUUUCAUCUGUCCACUAGAUGUGGGUAUAUUCAAAAUGAUGGUGGUAUUGUCAAAUUCUCACACUUAAUAAUUGGAUAUAAUGGGGAAAAUCUUCCUUAUACAGUAGUAGUUUAUUUCCUUUACUUCAUCAUCAGAAGUCAUCAUUAUAGUCAAACCAAAGAUAUGAUUUUCGGUCCAUUACUGAAUAUACAAAUUUGUCACUGACAACACAGCCCCUUUUCAUAUAGUUUAUCAAAGCAUUUGUGACGAUACUAAAGAUAUUAUUGAUUAUUAGAUUUAUUUUUAUUAGAUUAUUAUAUUAUAUUUAUUGGAUUUUUAGAUUAUUGAGACAGAUGUUUUGAAUACUAUCACUUACAGUACAGGAGGUUGGGGUUUAGGGUUCCUGCGUUGCACUUUUGAACUUAAUGCUCAGUUCAGUGUGUCUAUUUUAAACGGGAUAAAACUAAAUAAACCUUUUUAGAAAUUAAUUUGGGUGAAAUGACAGAUUAUGCAGCAAUAAAUUUAAAGAUAUUAUAAUAUUUUUUCUUUUUAUCAAAAAAAUGUCAGUGUUUGUGUUU